AGUGUGUGUGUGAUGUGUGUGCGCUUUGUGUUCUUUUGUCUCCGAAGCCAACCGAAGCCAAAGAACCCAUUUGCUCAGUCAUUUUAAUCUCUCCUAAAAAUUAAUUUUAAAAUCCCAAUUUUCUCCUUCUAGAGAAAGAGAGAGAGAGAGAGAGACAGAGCUCGUGUACUAGAGAUAGAAAGAGAGAGGCUUUUUAUGUUUUUGUUUUUGUUUUUGUGUUGGAAUGGUUGAAUUGGAAAAUACCCAGACAUCAUUGUGAUUGUUUAUUGUGUUAUUUGGAUAUGGGUUUUUCAGUACUGUCUGUGAUCUUGUAAACCCACAAAGCGAUCUUCGAUGCGGUGAUUAGAUUGGUGGUAAUUUUGGGGUUUGGUUUAUCUGGGCCGUUGAUUCACUUUUGCUUUUCGGCGAGAAAUGAACGGUGGCGAUGAGGUCGUCGCAGCACCCGGAGGCCCUCCACAGCCUCUGGAGUGGAAAUUCUCUCAGGUCUUCGGCGAGCGGACGGCCGGUGAAGAAGUUCAGGAAGUUGAUAUUAUUUCUGCUAUUGAAUUUGAUAAAACUGGUGACCAUCUUGCUACUGGUGACCGUGGGGGCCGGGUGGUUCUAUUUGAAAGGACAGAUACAAAAGAUAAUGGUGGCACCAGAAGGGAUUUGGAGAGAAUGGAUUAUCCAGUUAGUAGGCAUCCUGAGUUCCGUUAUAAAACAGAGUUUCAGAGCCAUGAACCUGAGUUCGACUACCUGAAGAGUUUGGAAAUAGAGGAGAAAAUCAACAAAAUCAGAUGGUGCCAAACUGCCAAUGGUGCCCUGUUUCUCCUAUCUACUAACGAUAAAACAAUUAAGUUUUGGAAGGUCCAAGAAAAGAAGGUCAAGAAAAUUUCUGAAAUGAAUGUGGAUCCUUCAAAAGCUGUAGGGAAUGGCAAUCUUGCUAGUUCAAGUAAUUUGGGUAGCUCUAAAAUGCAUCUUGCAAAUGGAGGAUGCCCAGACAGAUCAUUCAGUUGUCUGAGCAAUGACAUUUCAUUUCCACCAGGGGGCAUUCCUUCGUUACGAUUGCCACAGGUAGUAACUAGCCACGAGACUAGCCUAGUUGCUAGAUGUCGAAGAGUAUAUGCUCAUGCUCAUGAUUAUCAUAUCAAUUCAAUUUCAAACAACAGUGAUGGUGAAACUUUUAUAUCGGCUGAUGAUCUGCGAAUAAAUCUUUGGAACUUGGAAAUUAGCAAUCAAAGUUUCAAUAUUGUGGAUGUGAAGCCUGCAAACAUGGAAGAUUUAACCGAGGUGAUAACAUCAGCAGAGUUCCACCCUACCCAUUGCAAUACGUUAGCCUAUAGCAGUUCCAAAGGCUCGAUUCGACUCAUUGAUUUGCGGCAGUCUGCUUUGUGUGAUUCUCAUGCUAAAUUGUUUGAGGAACAGGAAGCGCCUGGUGCUAGAUCAUUCUUCACAGAGAUUAUUGCUUCAAUCUCAGAUAUUAAGUUUGGAAAGGAUGGAAGAUAUAUACUUAGCCGCGAUUACAUGACACUUAAGUUAUGGGACAUCAAUAUGGAUUCAGGUCCCGUCACAACCUUCCAGGUUCAUGAAUAUUUAAGACCUAAGCUGUGUGAUUUAUAUGAAAAUGAUUCUAUCUUCGAUAAAUUCGAGUGUUGUCUGAGUGGUGAUGGCUUGCGAGUAGCAACGGGUUCUUACAGCAAUCUAUUCCGUGUAUUUGGUUGUGGAACUGGUAGUACUGAGGCAACAACUUUGGAGGCCAGCAAAAAUCCAAUGAGGCGACAAGUUCCGACUCCUUCUAGGCCUUCCAGGUCCCUGAGCAGUAGUAUAACACGAGUUGUCAGACGGGGAGCAGAAAACCCUGGGGUUGAUGCAAAUGGAAAUUGUUUUGAUUUCACGACAAAGUUGCUGCACUUAGCAUGGCAUCCAACUGAAAACUCGAUAGCCUGUGCUGCUGCUAACAGCUUGUACAUGUACUAUGCAUAAAGAUGGUCCAAGGAGAAAUGUAUUUUCUUGGUUAGCUUUUUUGGGUUGCUGCUGGAGAAGGUUUCUCUUCCUUUCCCACCAACCAGUCAAUUGGAGGCCACAACAAUUCUCUCACAUUUCAAGGUGCCCCUUGAACCCGUUGCACAUGGUUUUAUUCUCACAGUCCAGAAGUGGCUGCCACAGAAUCCACAAGGAAGCAACCUGAUUUUGUUCUCGGGUGGGCAGCGUUUGCUUUUUCUUCCCCCUCGUCCCAACCCUUCUUUCCCUUUUUUUUUUCUUUUUUUUCUUUUUUUUUUUUUCUUUUGUUAUCUUUUUCUCCUGUAUCUUCUUUAAAAUAGAAGAUGUGGGGUUAUGUCUUAGAAUUGUGUUGGGUUGGCGUGGAGAAGAAAAUGUGAUUGUAGCUCUCCUACAACAAAUACUAAAAGGAUGUUCAAUAUUUGCCACUAGGUUUAAGAUAAAAUGUAGUUUUCUUACGCAAAAAAUCUUGGUGGGAUAGAGCUGUUGAAACUUGCAGUUCUUCAUUUUUUUAUUGAUUCUUUGUCAUGGUUGAAAUUUCUUUAAUGAUGUUCUCUCUUUUGGAAGAGGUUUAUCUUCA